UUCCUGCAGCGUUUUCCACUGCAAAACUGAGCAGAAUCAGCAGACGCGCGAGUGUAAAUGGACCGAGCAGCCAUGCUCUCUAAAGCCGUUUACCUGAAUUCCAAAAGCCCCGAAUUAGCAUGGCUUCUCUUCAAGCGAGUUCUUUCUUCCCCCAUCUCUGCCUCCUCUUCCUUCUUCAAAACCUCCCUUCAAUCUAUACCUCUUAUUGCCCGCAUCCUCACCACUGCAAAAAUGCACCCACAGAUCGAUCACCUUCACCAACUCCUCUUGUCGCAGCACCGGGAUUUUGCUCAUCCAUCUGGAUUUGCACUCGUUCGAGCCUUGGCUGAUUUGGGUCUCUUCGAAAAUGCCAUUUCUCAGUUUCGAUCGCUUCGAGCCAGGUUUCCUAAUGACCCUCCAGAUAUUUCUUUCUAUAAUUUUCUGUUUCGGUGCUCUUUGAAGGAGAGCCGGGUUGAUUUUGUGAUUUGGCUUUAUAAGGAUAUGGUUUUUGCGAGAGUUAACCCACAGACUUAUACUUUUAAUCUGUUGAUACGUGCGCUUUGUGAAAUGGGGUACUUGGAGAAUGCACGGGAAGUGUUUGAUAAAAUGUCUGAAAAAGGGUGUAAGCCUAAUGAGUUUAGUCUUGGACUUAUAGUUCGUGGGUAUUGUAGAGCUGGGCUCCAUGAUCGAGGUAUUGAACUUUUAGACGAGAUGAGGAGCUCUGGUGCUCUUCCCAAUAGGGUUGCAUACAAUACUGUGAUAUCUUCUCUUUGUGGAGAAGGUCAGACUGGGGAGGCUGAGAAAUUGGUGGAAAGGAUGAGAGAGGUUGGUCUUUCUCCAGAUAUUGUAACUUUCAAUUGCAGAAUUGCUGCCCUCUGUAAAUCCGGGCAAAUUUUAGAAGCUUCCAGAAUUUUUAGAGACAUGCAAAUAGAUGAAGAGUUAGGGUUACCUCAGCCUAAUACAAUAACAUAUAAUUUAAUGCUAGAAGGAUUUUGUAAUGAGGGAAUGUUCGAGGAAUCCAAGGCUCUCUUUGAUUCUAUGAAAAAAUCUGAAACUCAUUUGACCAUGGAGAGCUAUAACAUAUGGUUGUUAGGUUUGGUUAGAAGUGGAAAGCUCCUUGAAGCUCGUUUAAUUCUUAAUGAAAUGGCAGAAAAGAGUAUAAAACCCAAUCUUUACUCCUAUAACAUUUUGAUAUAUGGACUUUGUAAAUAUGGGAUGUUUUCUGAUGCAAGAUCUAUAAUAGGUCUAAUGAGAGAGAGUGGUGUAGCUCCAGAUACUGUAUCUUAUAGUACCCUACUGCAUGGAUACUGCUGUAGAGGAAAGAUACUUGAAGCCAAUUAUGUUCUUCGUGAAAUGACACAGGUUGGUUGUUUUCCCAAUAUGUAUACUUGUAACAUCCUGCUUCACAGCCUGUGGAAAGAGGGAAAAGCAUCAGAGGCUGAAGAGUUGCUACAAAAGAUGAAUGAAAGAGGUUAUGGCUUGAAUAAUGUAACUUGUAAUACAGUGAUUAAUGGCCUCUGUAAAUCUGGGAAUCUGGACAAAGCUAUUGAAAUAGUGAGUGGCAUGUGGAACCAUGGAAGCGCUUCUCUUGGUAAUCUUGGAAACUCUUUUAUUGGUCUUUUUGAUAUUGGCAAUAAUGGGAUGAAGUGUUUACCUGACUCUAUCACAUAUGCAACCAUAAUAAGUUGGUUAUGUAAGGCGGGGCGGGUUGACGAAGCAAAAAAGAAGCUUCUGGAGAUGAUUGGGAAAAAGCUAUCUCCGGAUUCACUCAUAUUUGAUACUUUCAUACAUAGUUACUGUAAACAAGGAAAGUUGUCAUCUGCUUUUAGAGUACUCAAGGAAAUGGAGAAAAAAGGGUGCAACAAGAGUCUUCGAACGUAUAAUUCUUUGAUCCAGGGUUUAAGUUCUAAAAAUCAAAUAUUUGAAAUAUAUGGGUUGAUGGAAGAGAUGAAAGAAAAAGGGAUUUUUCCUAAUGUUUACACUUAUAAUAACAUUAUUAGCUGCCUAUCUGAAGGUGGGAAACUGAAAGAUGCCACCAGUCUUUUGGAUGAAAUGCUGCAGAAGGGGAUAUCUCCUAAUAUAUAUACGUUUAGGAUUUUGAUUGGAGCUUUCUUUAAGGCUUGUGACUUUGGAGCGGCUCAAGAGUUAUUUGAGAUAGCUUUAAGCCUAUGUGGCCACAAGGAAUCCUUGUAUAGUUUUAUGUUCAAUGAGCUAUUAACUGGAGGUGAAACAUCCAAGGCUAAAGAGCUUUUUGAAGCUGCAUUAGAUAGAUCUCUAGCCUUGAAAAAUUUUCUUUACAGGGACCUAAUUGAAAGGCUUUGCAAGGACGGAAAGCUAGAUGAUGCUAGUUUCAUUCUUCAUACGAUGAUGGAUAAGCAGUAUAGGUUUGACCCUGCAUCACUCAUGCCGGUGAUUGAUGGAUUAGGUAAAAGUGGGAACAAGCAUGCAGCCGAUGAGUUUGCAGAAAAGAUGAUGGAAAUGGCUUCAGAAACUGAUAUCAACCGACAUGAGAAUAAGCUUAGCCGAGGAAGAUCAAAUAAUGAUGAUGAAAGAGAUUGGCACAAGAUAGUUCACAGAAACGAUGGCAGUGGGAUUGCACAGAAGACUCUUAAGCGUGUGUUGAAAGGAUGGGGUCAAGGAAGUAUAUCAACUUCGCAGCCACAGAAAUUUAGCACACAUGAUUGCUGGGAUGGUGUUGUUUAAAGCUUUUAAAGUUCUUGAGGAACAGGCAAAUAUGGGAAUAUGCUCAAACCUGCUGAGGCAUCAAAUCUUCAAGUCAGGGUGCUUAAGGACAUCAGCACAUCAGAUUAUGGAAAGUGGAAACUCGAGCACCGUUUCGUAGUUUUACUCUGUCAGCUUGGAGAGCUAUUAGAGAGUAGUCUGGGAAUAAUUUCUUCCACGUUCAAAUGAUUUGGAACGCUUACAAGUUUUAAACUCGAGCACGAUCUGUUAUGUUAUGUCUAGAUCUUAUAGCCUAGUACAAUGGAAUAUGGAAGGGAGCAUCGAACUAAGAAACGGAUGGACUGCUACUGCCAAAGAAGCUUUUGCCAAAGUCUGCUGAGGAAUCCAUUAGAGGCAGAUUCGACAGUUUCGCAUGUCAGUAGAACUGAUUCCCCAUCGUUGUCGACAUACCUGAUAUUGACUCAUGUAAUAUUGUCUGGCAAACCUCGAAGACCCCAAUUUUGGUGCAUGAACCUGAUUUUUUCUUCACCAAAAAUGGUUUUUACUUUCAGUGCACCCCCAUCUCGUGUUCGGUCGCCAUGUAAGGAGGUAACUAUCAGGAUGUUCGCUAAAUGAUGGGAGCUGUGAGAUCUUCGAAUCUUUGGGUCCCCCUGACAUGGUGCGUACAAUUCUGCUUCAAUGCUCGUUUUAUUUAGCAUUCCAACAGGCUCUUCUGACUGCCUGGACCAGAAGUCUGACUACAUGAAGAGGUCCGGGACAUCACAGGGGCUCCAUGGCUGAAUCAGCCACUUUCAGCUUGAUGGUUUAUUUUACUCAUGAUGGUCACUCAUCUUCGUGGAUGAAUAAUGGCCAAUCUCAGGAAAACUGGGAGAGUUCAACUGUGGGAAGCUUUCAUAGAAAGACCCAUUCUGUGUUGCACCAUCAGCACGUUCAACCGCGUCGAUCACGAGCUGGAGUUUCCUUAGAGAAUGGCCUACGUUCUUGAUCGUUUGGGAAGCCGACCUUGUUAUCCAUGUUGCCUCCAUAUCAUUUUCAGAGUAGUUGGACAAACUGCACAAACAGGAAGUUCAAGCAGACAAUGGCCAGGCUAUUCUCUUCUAAAUCAAGGCAUCAGUGGUACUGCAAUCGAUGUCUAGCAUGGGACAAAGGCAUCUCAAUGGUGAAGCCAUGGUGAGACUUUAUUUGCACUCCAAACAUCAACAUUAAGGGGGGAGAAGCUGACGUUGGAGUCGUUUUGUUGCAGCAAUUUCUGCCUCAAACCGUUCGUUCUUCUAUUUAUCGGACUUGCUAUUGUGCUACACUAACUUUUCAGCAACAAGUGAGUUAAGUUAAUUCGUUUGCGCGUCGCCUACGACUAGGCAACGUAUGCUCGAGCCUCUGACCCCGAUUUAAGAAGAAGGUUUUAGAAAAUAGAAGUAGAGAGAUUUUCAAAGAGUUUGAAAGCAAGAUUUAGAGGGCGAUUGAAAAUGGUAUUAUAUAGCGUGCAAGCAAAGGUAACAACGACGACUUAGUAGUAUAUAACUAUUCGGUAGGUUUGAUGCAUAUGAAGACUCGUGCUGGCUAAGCUUGAUAUCUCAAACAACAUUUGUGAAAGCAUCAAGGAUUGCAGCACAGAAGCAAUUAGGAUCAGUCAGACAUGGAGGUUGAUGUUUUUCUUUGAUAAUUUCAACUGUUUCUCCAUGGAAUCUGUGACCCCAUGUUUCCAGUUGCUCAGGAGUAGGACAACCAAAUCACCUAUCAACAAGGAUAAAUGGAGGAGUGGACUUGGAGAUCCAAAGAUCUAAACUGAGUAGCUAGAAUGUUGGACUGCAUUGAAACUGACUUCAGAUAUUGAUCUUUUAUGGAACAUUGUCUAAUCACUUCAUCUAUUUCUUUACUUGAUGAGGACGACCAAUCUUAUUUUAUAUGGAAGGGAGACACAGUGGGACGGUUCAUGAGCGAAGCAGCUCGGCUGUAAGGGAGAGAAGGCACAACGAUGCAAUUAUCAAGGGCGUGCUUUACCACUGAGCUAAUAGCCCGUCGUGCGGGCCUCCCGAGGAGAAAGGGGUCUCGGGGGGAAGAGGAUACCUCGUCCUCCAUUUCAACCACCACAUUUUCAUUAUGGUCUUACAGAACGGCAAUUACUUAAAUACGUUCAUAUCGCCGGAACAAAAACACAGGUCUCUGCAAAGUUGUAAGACCAUAUAUAUCGAAUUGUCUCAUGAAGCUAAAAAGAUGUCUCCAAAUGACAAGCUUAGACUAGUUUCCCCUUUUAGGGAAGCAGAGUAGAUGCUUUAGUUGACAUGUUCGAAACAAUUUUCUUAGCACCAGACACUUUGAUCAAUAUCAACUAUCAAAUAGAAUGGGUAGACCGAUAUCAGCAUCACA